CGUCCGGUUAUGUCCGGGAAAAAAGAAACGUUUCUGGUGUUUUGGCGGGCUCCGGCAGGGUCGGCGGCCGCAGACUGAUUCACAGCGACAUAGUUCAAUCCAGUCGGGCAAUUAGGGAUUAGUCAAUCGAUCGACGGGUUUGAGGAAGCGGGGCGGAGCUGCCUCGCCGGAAAAGCGACGGAGAUGGAGAAGAUACCGGCAGCGUGCGCCAUGGAGUGGAGCAUCGCGCUCGAGAAGGCUCUUCGCUCCAAAGUCCCUGGUCGAGCAAUCGAAGCGAUAUCUCAGGUCGGGCGCCGGCUGGAGCAAUGGAAUCUGGAACCGGAGCCAACGAUGGCGGCCUAUAACCUAUACGGACUUGUCCCAGGAGAGGAGAGGCUCUUUGCGAACGCGAUCCUGCUAAGACUAACUGAUGCUUUCAUGACCGGUGAAAGAGACAUCAAGCUCGCAGUGGUAAGGGCCUUUGUGGGGCUCAGCAAAAGCGAGAGGAAGAAGAGGAGGAUGAAGAAGGGAAGAAAGAUUAAAGAUGGGAUUUUGUCGAAAGGACGAGUUAGUAAUAGUUCUGAGUUGCUGAGGAGGGUCAAGGUUGUGUUUGAUGGUGGGGAUGCCGAGUCGAGAGCUAUGGCGCUGGUUCUGUUUGGAUGUUGGGCUGAUUUUGCUAAGGAUAGCGCUAACAUUCGUUACUUGAUUCUUUCUAAUUUGGUUUCUUCCGAUGUUGCAGUGGUAAAGGCAGCCCUGUUUGCUGCUGGGUGUUUUUGUGAGCUGUCAAGUGACUUUGCAUCUGUUGUCUUAGAGAUGCUUGUCAAUCUAGUCACUUCGCCUGAUGUUCCAUUGACUGCAAGAUGGGCUGGAGUGCGUACCUUUUCAAGGAUGCAGUGCUCUUAUGCUGUUGCUGAUAGAGCAUACAAGACAGGUCGAAAGCUGGUUUCAGAAUCUUCAGAUGAGGCCUUCUUAGUUAAGAUGCUAUAUUCAAUAUCAAAGCUUGCUGGGUCUCUGUCAAUUCUGGCUUUUGAACAGGUGAAUUUGCUUUGCUCGUUUCUUGGUCAUGGAAAAUCAAUUCCUCUGCAAGAAGCUUCAUUAAGAUGUCUGAACUAUAUGGUCAAAAAAGGAGUGUGCCACUUCACUGAACAGACAUGCAUGAAUCCAUUGUUAAGAAUAGUAGAUGACCCUGAGCUUCCGGCUUUUUUGCAAUGUGAAGCAGUAGCUAUCCUGCAUCAGAUCCUUUUGUCUGUGCUGCCAACUAUAACUCGCAUGAACAAGAUGGAAUUUGAUCAGCUAUUGACUUGUAUUUUGACUGCAUCUCAGUGUCCAGUUGAGUCAAAGAGCCUCUUAGCCCUUCGUUGUUUGGCAGAUCUGUGUAUCAGGUUAACAAAAGGUCUGGAAAUGGGAUCUGCUACAAUUACUCCCUCUCUGUCUCUAAAUGUUGCCUCAUUACUUCUUGAUCGGAUCGUUUUGCUGGUCCAGCCAUUGUCAAAUGUUAGUCAGAUUGACUCCAAGAUCUUUGUUGAAGUUAGAGCAGAACUUAGAUGUCUGCUUCACCUAGUUGGGAAGCACCCUAACUUGGUCCUUCCGAUGCUGGAUAAAUUAAAUUUGCUCAUCAGGCAUCUUAUAAAUGAUCAUGAGAAUCCAGCGCCUUCAACACAAGAAGGCUCAUUGGAGGAAAAAUGCAAACCUAUCUGCUUAAAGAUUAUGGUCAUUUUGUAUAAAUAUUUGGUGGCUUGCCUUGACUUUUUGAACGAAAUUAAUGCCAUUACGCUUCAAGUAUUUGAGAAAAUAAAGAUCCUCAUUCAGGGCAUAUGUGGCUGCAAGUUAUUUUCGCUUUACAUACAGACGUUGUACUCGUUAUUGUUGCACUCUCGACUAAUUUGGAAUAGCAUGGUGAAGGAGGAUGAGGAGAUAAACGAAAACCUAUCAUAUGAUUAUUGGAUCGAAUCUGAAGUCUUCACUCUCAUGUGUGCACAGAAGAUGUUAAUUGGGGAGGAUUACUGGCUUGCUUAUAAAUGUGGGAUGCUUGCAGCUUCUCACGGGGCAUGGUUCACUGCAACUUUUAUAUUUGGGAAUCUGAUGACUAAGGUGAGGUCUCAUUCCUGUUGUUGCUGGUUAAAGUCAUUAGCCCAGCUAUCUCUAUGUGAGAUGAAGAUACAACUACUUGUUUUGCCAACCCAAGAGUUGAGGUCAACAGAAUGUCUGGAGCUGAUCAAACUCCUCCCAGACACCCUAUUCGAGGAUGGAAUUGGUGAGGUUGAAAAUUAUGUAGGUGGUCAUACCAAUAUAGUUGAUUAUGGAGAAAAGCUUGUUUGUGCUUACAGUUAUCUGAACUCGUCAUGGGAAACAUUAAAGUCCUGCAUUACUACAUCCGGGCAAACGUUUUGUUUCCAAGCAUGGUUCUUGGCUUUGAGGGUGAAGAUGCUGGGAAUUGUAUCAGAAGCAGUCACUGUUUUGGCUGGAAUUCCUUCCAACAGGAAUGCUGAGGGUCAGAAGGAGACUCAGAUAAGUAUGCAUGACUGCUUUGAAUUCUCGCGAAAGUUCACUCAGCUCUCAGCGAGACUGAAGCGGCUCUCUGAAGAAUUUGAUCUAAUUGCCGCAUCUUUCAUCGAUAUUGACUGGAGAAGUUCGAAAAUUGUUUCCACACUAGCAUUGGGUUGUUCACUGCUGUCCUUUGCUGCAGGCUUUGCCCUUUUUUUUCCCAAUUUACCUCCUCGUGAUAUUGUAGCAUCUGAACAAGAAAAUGUUUCACAGGCCACGCUAGUGCAAAAUUUGUUUGGGCGCCUCUGCCAUAUAGAUCAUGAGACCAGUGUAAGUCUCUCUUCACUCGCAGAAGUUGAUCGAUGCCCCAAGAGCUUUCAUGGCUCGCAUUUCCAACCUAGGGCAUUGGGUGUUGGAUGUGAAAUUAGGGAAGUUCUGUCUCUCUGUCGCAACGUUGUUUCAAGAGUCCUCCACUUGCAAAAUCAGGCAAAGGAAAGUUGUGACGAGGAGGUUAUUUCUCAGGUUACUGAAAAUGGUCAACAGCUCUUGUUGGACAUCAUCACGGGAUUGAUGCGUGUCCCAUUCCAAACUCCUGAAUACUACUUCAGAACAAGGCCUUGCAUGGGGUCAGAGCUCUUUGUUGUCAAUGCAGACACAAAGCUCUCUGACGGGAUAUUUGUCUCUCCAGGCCUCUGCUUGUCGUUGAAUAUCUGUAUACAAUUGAGGAACGUCCCACCGAAUCUUCUAAUGCAACCAAUCAAGUUGCACUGCAUCAUUUGCUGCAACUUAUCUUUCCAGGAGCCAGUGGUGCCCAGAUAUAAAUUAUUGCAGUGUGCUUCCCGAUCUUGGGAGACUGAUGAUAUGCUCAUACUGAAUGAAGAGCUCUAUCAGCACGUGAUGAGACGUGCAGAGAAGUACGAUAAGAAGCAUGGGAAGGAUUCACAUGAUGGGAAGGCGUCUCGGGCUUUUUUGUCCUUUGAAGUGAGUGAGAGAGGGCAAGGGUUCUCGACUUGCUUUCUGGACGUGUCCCGUUUUCCUGCAGGCACAUACAGGAUGAAAUGGCACAGUUGCUGUGUUGAUAGUCGGGGCUCAUACUGGAGCCUCCUCCCCCUGAAUGCAGGGCCGGUGUUCACUAUACGAUGACUCCAUCCAAAGGGUGAAUCAUACAGUGGCAAUGUACACAAAUACACACUCGUAAUCCUCGGGGAACUUUUUGACUAACAUAUUGGUAUUCGACCGAGGGCGCUUUGGUUGGUCCAAUGAAGCAGCUCUGGGCAGCUACUUCGCGAACGGAGUAAGUUGCUGAAGCUGCUUUUGUCGGAGGCAGGUCCAGCCCCUUCAAUGAUGUAAUUAUUUAUAUUUGGUCCCUAUUCUUUCUUGGUAUGAAAUUGAGUCCCAAAUUUGGUAAAGACUUUUCGAACGUCUCUCCUAUUUCUGUACAAAAUUAUGAGAUUUAUCGGUUGAAACCGAGACAGAACAUGAGCAUUUCAUUUUCAGAAUUUCCAGGUAA